CCUCAAUUCCGCUGUUUUGACGUUUUGUUGUUUGGGCAGAGCGUUUAGUUUUUAAAGAGUUUUUUGGGUUUUUCCUUGCUUUUCCUGUGUAUUUUCGUGUCAAUCAUGUCCUCAGGGGUGUCUUUUAAGAAACUGAAUGUCCGGAACAAAGGAGCGCGGAAGAGAAAACAAUCGUCAUCAAGUUCAAGCUCCAGCAGCGACCAGGAGAGCGCCGUGGUGAGAGGAUCAUCUCGUUCGGGCAAGAUAAACCCCAAUGUGCACAAAUCCUCGGGAGUGAAGUCGCUGAAAGUGAAGGAAAAGAGAGCCUCGAGCUCUGAAGAUGAAGAUGCUGCGAUUGUGAGCUACAGAUCCAAUCGGAGCGCCAUGCCUUUGGGGCCCACGGACCAGGGCGCCACGGCCACGGUGGAGAUUGACACGGAGAAGGACAGAGACGCACAGGCGAUCUUCGAGAAGAGCCAGGCAGUGAAUGAUGAGCUUCGCGGGAAGGCGGAUGACAAGAUUUACCGCGGAAUCAACAAUUACACGCAGUUCUACAAGAAGAAGGACACCGCGAUGGGGAAUGCCAGCUCGGGAAUGGUGCGGAAAGGCCCCAUCAGAGCCCCGAGUCACUUGAGAGCCACUGUGCGGUGGGAUUACCAGCCGGACAUCUGCAAGGACUACAAGGAGACGGGCUUCUGCGGCUUCGGCGACAGCUGCAAGUUCCUGCACGACCGCAGCGACUACAAACACGGCUGGCAGCUGGAGAUGGAGGGCACGAGUCGCAAGAAUGAGUCAGGAGACGAAGAUGACGGAAAGUACGAGAUACAUUCGGACGAGGAAGAGCUGCCCUUCAAGUGCAUCAUCUGCCGGGAGAGCUUCACGGAUCCCAUCAUCACGAAGUGCAAGCACUACUUCUGCGAGAAGUGCGCUCUGGCGCAGUACAAGAAGUCCUCAAGAUGCUUCGUUUGCGGCAACCAGACGAAUGGCGUCUUCAAUCCCGCCACGCAGUUGAUCAACAAGCUGAAGCUGGACGAGGCUCAAAAAUGCGCCACUGACGAUGAUUCAGAUUAAUGAAGAAUUCUCAAAAUAAAUCCACUGCUUU